GAGGUGGCCAUUAUGUACAACAGACAGUUGAACUCGGUUCAAGUGGGUUGGUUUGGCAGCUACGACACCUCUGGCUCAACCUACCACAAGUGCACGUUUAUAAAGCGCCCUAAAUGAGCAGGCAAGUGACAAAAAAAAAGCCCCCACAGAGUGCGUUUCAGUUAGCAUCCAACCGGAGCGUGUCUGUCAGCUAACCGGGUAUUAGCAAGUGAUGAGCAGGGGCCUUGUAGAUACACACUUUAAAGUUAAAGACAGGCAAUUUUCUACUUCCAGCACGCCGGAAACACGACAUCUAUGUUGGACCCCCUUGGAUAACCCAAUUUUUCGCGUGUGAGACUUUAUGCUGGCUUGGCACAAGUUGGGGCAGGCGAACUAGCGUACUAGCUAGCACACGGCGUGGAAGUUAGCCGGAGAAGACCGCAAGGCAAGCUCUCUUGAGAUGGGUUUACUCAGUCAAGGGUCGCCGCUGAACUGGGAAGAAACAAAGAAGCAUGCCGAUCACAUCAGAGCACACGGCAUCAUCCAGUUUGUCAACAUUUACAACAAGCUGAAGGACCGGCAGAAGGAUGUGCUAAAAUGGGGCGACGAGGUGGAGUACAUGUUGGUGGAAUUGGACAACAAGCAUGAAAAGGUUCGACUAUCGCUGAAUGGCAGCGACGUUCUGGAUACCCUCCAAGGUCAAGGUGAAAAGAUAAACCCUAACCACCCAACACUUUGGAGGCCCGAGUAUGGCAGCUACAUGAUAGAGGGAACGCCAGGCCAGCCAUAUGGCGGAACCAUGUCAGAGUUCAACACUGUGGAGGGCAACAUGGGGAAGAGACGACGAGAGGCUUCCUCUGUUCUCAACCAGAAUGAAAUUCUAUGCACUAUCACCUCAUUUCCAAGGCUGGGUUGCCCUGGUUUUACCAACCCCGAGUAUCCACCAACACCUGUUGAGAGCGGAGUGUCAAAGUCACUGUUUUUCCCAGAUGAAGCCAUCAACAUACACCCAAGAUUCAGCACCCUCACCAGGAACAUACGACAUAGACGAGGAGAGAAAGUUACAAUUAACGUGCCAACAGGCUUAUUUUCAACUUGCUGGGUUUCAGUCUUUAGAGACAAGUGCACCCCAUCUCCAUUUGUGGAAGAAUUUCCUGAAGAUGACGGGGAGUCGGCGAGGGCAGCUCUCCCUGAUCACAUCUACAUGGAUGCCAUGGGCUUUGGGAUGGGCAACUGCUGCCUCCAGGUUACAUUCCAAGCUUGCAGCAUUGAUGAGGCAAGAUAUCUUUAUGACCAACUAGCAACUUUCUGUCCGAUAGUGAUGGCUCUGAGUGCAGCCUCCCCCUUCUACAGAGGCCAUGUGUCAGACAUUGAUUGUCGCUGGGGGGUUAUUUCUGCUUCGGUGGAUGACAGGACACGAGAGGAACGCGGACUCGAGGCUUUAAAAAAUAACAAGUAUAGAAUUUUCAAGUCAAGAUACGACUCCAUCGACAGCUACUUGUCAAAAUGCGGCGAGAAGUACAACGACAUCGAUUUGACGAUAGAUGAGAACAUCUAUCAGCAGCUGCUCGGUGCAGGAAUUGACAAACUGCUGGCUCAGCACAUUGCUCACCUCUUCAUCCGUGAUCCGCUCUGCACCUACGAGGAGAAAUUGAACCAGGACGACGAGAAUGAGUCAGACCACUUUGAGAACCUCCAGUCCACCAACUGGCAGACGAUGAGGUUCAAACCACCCCCUCCCAACUCAGACAUUGGCUGGAGAGUUGAGUUCCGCCCAAUGGAGGUACAGCUAACCGACUUUGAAAACGCUGCUUAUGUUGUAUUCGUCGUCCUGCUGACAAGAGUCAUCUUAUCCUACAAGCUGGACUUCCUCAUCCCCUUGUCCAAGGUGGACGAAAACAUGAAAGUGGCACAGAAAAGGAACGCUGUGCAAGAGGGCAUGUUCUACUUCCGAAAGGACAUCUUCAAAAGCUGCAAUCCGGGCCUCGACAGCGCCUCCUCUGCCCAGAACGGUCUGGAGACAGACUGCACUAACGAGGACUACACACUGAUGAGCAUCGACACCAUCAUCAACGGAAAGGACGGAGUUUUUCAAGGGCUCAUUCCUAUCCUUAACUGCUAUUUGGAGAACAUGGAGGUUGACGUGGACACAAGGUGCACCAUAUUGAACUACCUAAAGCUCAUUAAGAAGCGCGCCUCAGGCGAGCUGAUGACAAUGGCCAAGUGGAUGAGGGACUUUGUGGCCAAGCACCCCGAGUACAAGCAGGACAGCGUUAUAACCGACAAGAUCAACUAUGACUUCAUUGUAAGGUGUGACAAGAUCGCAAAAGGCGAAGAACAAUGCCCGGAGCUCAUUGGGAAGCCAGUCAACAAGUUCAAGUAAGAAAAACUUGGAUAAGACAAACACCAAAUAUGCUGAUUAAAUUAAAAUCCAGUUUUUAGAAGAUGUUUUUUUUUUUUUAAUAAAUAAACACUACAGCAAUGCUAUGUACAUAUACUGUAUCAGAUUUUUAUGAAUGAAAAUUAUUUUAAUAGGAUUAAGACAUGAAGGUUAUGCCAUAGAAAUCGUGUAUUUAUUUUCUCUUAACAUGAAACAUCUCUGUGUGACACUGUAAAAUUACCAAGGUGUUUUGCAUUUGUGUGUGUUUCUCUCCUGUAAAUACUGUACCUCACUGCUCUUUCAAACAUUGACAUGGCGCGCUGUGUUGUGACGUUGCAUCUAUGAGAGCUUUCUUUGCCUUUUGGACAUGAUUUGUUUUGCCCUGCUUUACUCUGCUUGUAAUUGUAGUUGGAGGUGGUGUUGCCUUCAAGGACAGACCGUGUGCAGGAUUAUGCUGCUUCAGAAUAAAUCUGUACAACACU